AUUAGUUCUUGUGAAUCUUUUGUGAAGUGUGUUUAAAAGAAAAAGUGAUUAAAAAUGACUGGUCGUGGUAAAGGUGGUAAAGGCUUGGGAAAAGGUGGCGCUAAACGUCAUCGUAAAGUGUUGCGUGAUAACAUCCAAGGUAUUACCAAGCCAGCUAUUAGACGUUUGGCUCGUCGUGGUGGUGUAAAACGUAUUUCUGGUUUGAUUUACGAAGAAACCCGUGGUGUCUUGAAGGUGUUUUUGGAAAAUGUCAUCCGUGAUGCCGUCACCUAUACUGAACAUGCCAAGAGGAAAACCGUCACCGCUAUGGAUGUUGUCUAUGCUUUGAAGAGACAAGGUCGCACUUUGUACGGUUUCGGCGGUUAAAUGAUAGUAUAUUGAAAAUGUAUAAUAUUAGUCAACAACAUCGGCAAACAACAAAACAAACAAUCGGUCCUUUUCA